AUGGCAGCGAAACCACUGCGAAAUGCAGUAAUGCCUCAGAUACUCACCCUAUACAGGGUUUGUGCAGCUGGUCGAUUUGGAAUCAACUGUACUCAAACAUGUCCAACUAUUUGUUUCAAUACAACAUGUGAUUCUGUGUCUGGAGUAUGUUUAUUGUGUAGAGCUGGAUAUUAUGGAAACUUUUGCGAUAAAGCAUUAUAUAUGUUUUGGCAGUUUGCAAUGAAACAACAUAUGGACAAAACUGUUACCAAACCUGUUCCACGACCUGCACUAAUAAGAGAUGUAAUUCAGUUGAUGGGAAGUGUUUUCAAUGCAUUCCAGGUUUUACUGGAGACUUCUGUAGUCAAUAAAUGUGAUCCAGUCAAUGGAAAGUGUAAAGUGUGUAUUCCUGGUUAUAAAGGAGACUUCUGUGCUCAAACCUGCAAUGAAAAGACAUAUGGACAAAAUUGUUCGUUAAACUGUUCCACAAAAUGCACUGAUCAGAAAUGUGAUCCAGUCAAUGGAAAGUGUUACUUGUGUAUUCCUGGUUAUAUAGGAGACUUCUGCAAUCAAACUUGCAAUGAAAAGACAUAUGGACAAAAUUGUUUGUUAAACUGCUCCUCGAAAUGUACUGAUCAGAAAUGUGAUCCAGUUAACGGAAAGUGUAUAUUGUGUAUUCCUGGUUAUAUUGGAGACUUCUGUAAUCAAACCUGUAACUCUACAUUCUUUGGACAAAAUUGUACUGGGCAAUGUUCAGAAAACUGCACAGAUCAAAAAUGUAAUCAUAUUAGUGGAACUUGCAAUUCGUGCUAUCCUGGUCACCAAGGAGAUGUCUGCAAUCAAUGUAAACAAUCUUAUCUUAUAUUUUUUUCAUUCUGUAAUAGAACAAGUUAUGGACAAAACUGUUCUCUGAAUUGCUCCGCCAGCUGUGUGAAUGAGAGUUGUCAUCCCGUCAAUGGCACUUGUGAUCUGUGCUAUUCAGGUUAUCAUGGAGACUAUUGUGAGGAUGAAUGCCAGGAAACAAAAUAUGGACAGAAUUGUUUAGAGAACUGCUCAUCAAGUUGUACUGAAAAUAAAUGUCACCACAUUAACGGCACUUGCAAUCUAUGCUACCCUGGUUUUCAUGGAGACUUCUGUAACAUCAUUUGUCCUCCAGGACAGUUUGGACAGAAUUGUUCAGGAGUUUGCAACUCUAACUGUAACAAUAUCCUAGCUUGCAAUAAUGUCGAUGGACACUGCUAUAAUGGAUGUAAAGAUGGAUAUAUUGGUAACCAGUGCGAUAAAGAAUGUGAAAAUCAGCACUUUGGCCUCAACUGCACUCAGACAUGCAGUGUGAACUGUUUACCCAACUCUACCAAGGCAUGCAACCAUGUUUCAGGAGCUUGUCUUUAUGGCUGUGCUGAGGACUAUAGUGGAACCUUUUGUCAAAGCCAAGGAACACUUCAUUUUAAGGUAUCUUAA